ACGAGUCCAUCAACUACUUUUAUUAAAAUAAAAGUCAAUGCGGAGUGGCGUUCCAGCUUUGCUAUCAAGGGCUCUACAUAGAAACCCCAAACAUCCUCUUGUUCAUUGAAAAAAAAAAUAUAUCUUGAUCCAUCUCUAAUCGGAACAGGAAUCCAUUGAGAAUGGGGCAACAAGACCAGCCUGUCGUCGGAGUUCCUUACUACGCCGGCCAGAACCCUUACCAAGCUGGAGCUAUACCGCCAAACGCAAUCGUCGGCGAUCCGAAGGGAAUCCCGAUUCAACAGACUAUGUAUCGCGACACCCCUGCUCCUUUUAGCUGCGUUUACUGUGGUAAUUCGGGCGUUACCUUCGUUAGAUCAAAGCCUAGUUUGGCAGCUGUUGUUGGUUGCAUGAUGCCUUUGAUGCUUGGUUUUUGCUUUCUUUGCCCUUCUAUGGACUGCCUCUGGCACAAGUAUCACUACUGUCCAAGCUGCAAAGAAAAGGUUGCGGACUUUGAGAAAUCAGAUCCUUGUGCAGUGAUGGAUCCUCCUCACUGGACACAGGAGAGCUUCGCAUUGCCUGCAUAAUAUGUUUGUUUGUUAUCUCUAUCUUGCAUUCUUCCUGGCUGAAUUCUAUGUUCUACAUGUGUAUUGCUAUUUUGUGUGUUAUAGACUGUUCGGUACUUCAUGCAUGUAGAAGAUGUAAAAAGCUACUAUCGUUGCAUAUGUGCUUCAUAUAGUGGAGAACUAGCAGUGCUUUCCAUACAGUACAGCUCUGAUUUUUAGUGUUUGCUCUUGUAAAAAGCUAUUUUUUAA